AUCGUCAGGAGUCAGAUUUUCCGGUCGAAAUCAGUUAAAUUGCCAAGUUGUUUGCCAAACAUUCUAUCACUAUCGAUUUGAACUAAAAACUAUGACAAACAAAACUCCUAAUUUCGAUGCACCACCACCAUACUCUGCAGCAACCGAACAAGAGCAAUCAAGCCUGGUUCCGCGUGUUUUAGAGACAUCGCCACUUUAUCCCAAUGUUCCAAAGAACUCAUACAAUAGUAUUCCAAAUUUAUACUAUAAUCCUACUCCUCCACCAAUAGCAGAAUCAUCUUCCUCUUCCGCCGCAGCCGCCGCUGGUUAUGCCCCACUUCCAGAUACCGUUAUUUUACCAGCACCAGUCUCUUUACAGUCACUUCGCGACGAACCAGCUGUGACUAUAUGUCCACGCUGCAAGAAUAGAGUGUUAAGUAUUGUUAGCUACGAUUCUGGGUCGGCUACUUGGUUAGCGUCUUGCAUGUUGUUUGUCUUGGGUAUUACUAUGUGGGGUUGCUGUUUAGUUCCUUUUUGCGUGAAUGAUUUGAAAGAUUGUAAUCAUGCUUGCCCUUCUUGUGGCAGAACCAUGGCAAGAUAUUCGCGAUUGCAUGGAACCGUUGAAGUGUAUGUUCCUAGAAGCCGAAACUAG